AUCACUGUAAAUCAACCAACACAAAACACACUGCGAUCUUCACUUAGAUCUUUGCGUCCAGCCCCGACUGCGUCUCCAAACUCAGCAGCAUGGACGAGCCACAUGAGGCGGAGCGGAGAAACUGAAGCGCCAACUUUCCCGUCCUGACACCGAACCUGCAAACUCUCGUCGCGUCCUGCCGGCUUUUGCGACACUUUGUUGUUGACUGUCGCCUGCCUGUUGGGAUUGUUCUUGAUACAAGAGGCUUCGUUUUUUUAUGUUCUGCCGAGGACGAGCUUAGUUUUAGCGACUGGUCCACGAUCAGGAAGGAGACAUGCGGCUUCUCGUUUGGACCCUAGUUGUUCAGUGCCAGUGGAUCCUGCGCACGGUCCAAGGUUUAGAGAAGCGGGUGGAUUUCUCAGACCUGGGCAAAGCGGGGUCAAUGACAAAGACUGUUCCCUACGGUGUCGGAGGAACAACAGGAGUCGUCAAGCCUCCGUACCAAACCCGAAUCUUCCCAUCUUCCAUCGACCAGACGCCAUUGAAGUCAAAACCGCCCACGUACAGUUUCUAUAACCCCUAUGACACAGCCCGCAAUCAGUCUUUGCUCCUGGACCAGACAGGCUAUCGCUCCAAACGUAAGCCCUCGCUAAAGACGGCCAUGAAGACCAAGAAGAUCUUUGGCUGGGGAGACUUCUACUUCAACGUCAAGACCAUGAAGUUCAGCUUGCUGGUGACAGGGAAGAUCGUGGAUCACAUCAACGGGACAUUUACGGUUUACUUCCGCCACAACUCGUCCAGUCUGGGCAACGUUACCGUAAGUAUCGUGCCGCCCACCAAGGUGGUGGAGUUUGAGGUUCUCCAGCAGCAGCAGUUGCCCCCUCACGCCCAGCAGGAGGUCCAGAUCCAGGAGACUCAACAAUCCACCUUUGACCCCAAAGAGGUUAAGACCUUUAACUGCCGAGUGGAGUACGAGAAGACGAACAGAUCCAAGAAGCCCAAGCCCUGCCUGUAUGACCCGUCUCAGACCUGCUUCACGGAGCACACCCAGUCGCACGCUGCCUGGCUCUGCGCCAAACCCUUCAAGGUCAUCUGCAUCUUCAUCUCCUUCUUCAGCAUCGACUAUAAGCUGGUUCAGAAAGUGUGUCCGGAUUACAACUUCCAGAACGAGCACCCGUACUUUGGAUGAGAGAACUGCGAUGAGACGAUGAUGAUAAUGUUAUCGAUAUACACAAAGAAAAAUAAGCAGUGGACAGCAUUUGCCUGAAAACUGCUGUGAAAUGUGGAUUUAAAUCAAGUAUAAUCAGUUUUUCCGAUCGUCGGGAUGUGACAGGUUUAAAUAACACUGAUUUUUUUUCCCCCACAACUUUGUGUUUUAUUUGACAUUUUCUGUAAAUAAUGUAGUAAUUUCCUAGAGACACUUAUUGUUUUGGGAUAUUUGUUUUCCUGUGUUAUUACUUUUUGCAGUUGGAGCCCUCAGUUGAAAACAGCUGAAAUCAGUUUUGCCCUCCAAGUUUGAAGCGAGUGGCUGUGUGCGCUGCCAUGACUGUGUGGCAGCUGUAAUGUUCUGGUAGACUGACUGUUAAUCAUCCUCUCGGCUCUCCAUUUCAAUCCCUGAAUAUAAAGAGAGUUAUAUGUAUGAGAAAUGCUAUGCUGGAUACAAUAUAAUGUAUGAAAAAAAGCACAUUAAAAUCUUUUA